AUGUCUGACCUCAAGGCCGCCGAGGCGAUUGCCUCCCAAGGAGGUCCGCCAGAGACAUCUCCAGCAAACAAUGUUCCAGUUCAACAAGACCCAGCAGAAGCACACGCUCAAGCCGAAGGCGGUGCAGCCCCAGCCCCAGCUGCCGCCGAGCGCGCCGCCCCCGUCGAAGCGAACAAGAUGGAGAACAAGCUCGAAGUGAACAAGGAGAACAAGCCCAAAACCGAGAAAGCCACCGACGUCGCGGGUCGCAAGGAGAAGGGCACCCCAGGCGGCUUCUUCAAGAAGCUCAUGCCGUGGAAGAAGGAGAAGAAGACGGAGGCGCCAGCUGCUACGACCUAA